CCCAAUUCCAAUUCUGUGUGCCAUGCCAUGCCAUCGUACCUAAUAAAAAAGUCUCCUUACCAAAAAGACGUUGGUCCGUUCCCCGUAGCAAAUUGGAUAUAAGCUCGCCACGCGCAUUUGCUUUUUUACUUCCCAUUUCAUACAACACAUCGCAACAUUCUGAGUCACAUCUCGCUUCAUUCCCGCCAAGGCUGCCCGUCGCCUUUUUUUCUCCCUUUUACGUCAUUUAUUCUUUUCCUCUCGACGAGGUCAUCGUCAGACGCGGCCAUGACCAACGACGUCGAGACAAACUCUGCGCUCAAGCGCACAGAUACUACCAACCAAGCCAUCCGCGAUGCAGAAGAUCUCGCGAACUUUGGCCAUGACCAGAGUCUCUCGCGAAAAUUCAGCAUGUGGAGCAUGCUUGCCCUGGCCUUCUCUGUCCUGGGUACGUGGUCUACGUUCGCGCAGGGCAUAGACAGCGGCUUGACCAGCGGAGGCCCAAUCGCCAUUCUCUGGGGUCUCUGUCUCGUGUUUGUCUGCAAUGUCUGCGUUGCUGUGUCGCUGGGUGAGAUGUGUAGUAGUAUGCCUACUGCGCUCGGUCAGGCGUACUGGAUCUCGCGAUUGUGGCCGACAAAGGCUGGACGAUUCACCUCGUAUCUUUGUGCGUGGAUCAACAUGACUGGUUGGAUCACUUUGUCGGCGUCGCAGAUUGCCUUCAUGACCGAGUUUAUGCUCAAGAUGAAGGUUCUCUUCCAGCCGGACUGGGCUGGUGCGGAUAAGGGAUGGGUUCUAUUCCUCGUCUACGUCGGUGUCACUGCAGCUAUGACUCUAUUCAACGUCGUGGCUUGUCGAAAGGACAUCGUUCUUCCAUGGUUCAACAACUUUGUCGGUGUUUCCUUUGCCAGUCUUUUCUUCAUCAUCAGCUUGGCCAUGCUUAUCUCCGUCGGAACCAAGGAUAACCUCCAUUAUCAGCCUGCCAGCUUCGUCUUUGGACAAUGGAUCAACCAGACUGGCUGGCCCGAUGGUGUUACCUGGUUCAUCGGCCUUGUCCAAGCCGCCUACGGUCUUACGGCUUUCGACGCUGCUAUCCACUUGGUUGAAGAAAUUCCCUCCCCACGAAAGAACAUCCCCCGCGUUAUCUGGCUCUCGGUCGUCAUCGGCGCCAUCACCGGUUUUAUCUUCAUGGUCGUCUGUCUCUUCUGCAUCGUGGAUAUGGACAUUGUCACUGAUCCUACAACUGGUCUUGCUUUUAUGGAUCUUCUCAAGCAGACUGUCGGUCUUCAAGGCGGAACUGUCCUUCUGACACUGUUCAUCGUGAACGGUAUCGGACAGGGUAUUGGAAUCGUUACGACCGCUUCGCGUUUGACUUGGGGUUUUGCUCGAGAUGGUGGUCUUCCGUGGAGCGGCUACUUUGCACGAGUCGACGAUUUCUGGAAGGUUCCUGUUCGUGCACUCUGGCUUCAGGGCGGUGUCAUGGCUCUCAUCGGAGUUCUCUACACUUUCGCCUCAACAGUCUUGGAAGCUAUUCUAAGCGUCAGCACGAUCGCACUCACAGUAUCGUACGGCAUGCCCAUUUUGACACUCCUCCUCGUCGGCCGAGAUAAGCUCCCACCGGGCGAAUUCUCCCUCGGACGAUUUGGUUCAGUCAUCAACUGGGUCGGCGUCGUUUACUGUGCUGUCACCACCGUUUUCUUCUUCUUCCCGAGCGCACCGAACCCCGCGGUUGCAGACAUGAACUACGCCAUUGCUGUUUUCGGCAUCAUGCUUGUCAUCACGCUUGUGUUCUGGGUCGUCAAGGGACGUAUCACUUAUCUGGAGACCGAGGAGGCGCAGGGAAACAUCAUCUAUGCGCAGCGCGCGGAGCGGGCUAACUAUGUUGAUGUCGAUGUCCGAACCAAGACGGAUACGGAAGCUCGUCGAGCUUCUCAGACCGGAGGGCCCAGUGCUUCUUGAUUGGUUGGGAGGACUACCAUAGUGAGAUUUGGUGUGUAGAUGUAGCAGAUACGUGUAGUUGUAGUUGAAGUUUAGAAUCAAUGAAGAUGGCACUUGCGCAUGGGAAAACCCGUUCUAUUUAAUUGCACUGUAUCUUUGGCCUAUCUUACUACCAUAAUCGGUAUAGUCG